AGCAUGGACCUGGCGGUCUUCCGGCUGGAGACCUCCGUCGAGAGUUGGAGGAGGAGGGCUUAUUGGAACAUAUACCUAGGUCAAGGCUGAAUGAGCUAAUAGAUAGGGCUGACAGAGAUGCAGACAAACUGAUCAACUACAGGGAAUUUGUUCGAAUGGUUUGUUGGUUUCUGUUUUGUUAGUUUAAUGUGUUAGAAAGGUUUGUUGAUUUAAUGUGUUAGAAAGGUUUGUUGGUUUAAUGAGUUAGAAAGGUUUGUUGGUUUAAUGUGUUAAAAUGGUUUGUUGGUUUAAUUUUCACAUCCUACUAGUAUAACCAACAUUUGCACAUCCUAGUAGUAUCACAGAUAUUUGCAAAUCCGGUCUAGGGUAUCAAACAAUUUUUAUAAGCUUUCUAUUGUAAAACAAAUUUUUAAAUAUUUCUGUGAUCAAAGGAGAUCAAACUUAUAUUAUCUCUCAAGUCAUUUUAUUAAAUGUUUUGAAUGUUUAGGUGACAGAAGAUUUGACAAGAGAAGAGCGUAAACCUUUUAGACGAGUAAUGAGAGCGGCAAUAGCAUCCAUCAUACCUCGGAGACAACGUGAAGACUUCUUGGCCAACUACACCUGUUGUCCUCCGCCAAUCUUUAUACCACUGAUCAGUGUUGCCGAGGUACAGUGAUAGGGACAGUGAUGGGGACAGUGAUUAAAUUGACAAUAUUUAGCUCAUACAAGUGUAUGCAGAUGAUAUAAUUGAUAUAUGAUAGGUAGUGGCAGGAUGGCAUACCUUUCACUAGGUAGUGGCAGGUUGGCAUACCUUUCACUAGGUAGUGGCAGGUUGGCAUACCUUUCACUAGGUAGUGGCAGGUUGGCAUACCUUUCACUUUGAAAUAAUGGAAAACAGGAACAAGUGUGGACUUACUGACAGCAUCAUUUUGCUCAAUAGAAAAGGACAAUUUAGCCAGAAUUUAACAUAUAGAAAAUUAAACCAGUAACAAGGUAUUAUAUUAGUUGGCUUUAAUUUUAAUAAUUGCUUUCAUUACUUGAGUUUACUUUCAAUAGAAUAAUUACUUUGAUCAUAUUGGUUGACUUUCAUUAAAAUGAUGACUUUCAUCAUGUUGGUUGACUUUCAUUAUAAUGAUGACUUUCAUCAUGUUGGUUGACUUUCAUUAUAAUAAUGACUUUGAUCAUGUUGGUUGACUUUCAUUAUAAUAAUGACUUAUUCCCCUGAAAUAUUUCAAUGUCUAUAUCAUGUUUGUGCACUUAAUGUCAAUAGUGUAGUUAUGGGAAUAGGUUUAAUCAUACGUGACGGCAUGGGAAUAGGUUUUAUUAUACGUGACGGCAUGGGAAUAGGUUUUAUCAUACGUGACGGCAUGGGAAUAGGUUUUAUUAUACGUGACGGCAUGGGAAUAGGUUUUAUCAUACGUGACGGCAUGGGAAUAGGUUUAAUCAUACGUGACGGCAUGGGAAUAGGUUUUAUUAUACGUGACGGCAUGGGAAUAGGUUUUAUUAUAUGUGACGCAUGGGAAUAGGUUUUAUUAUAUGUGACGCAUGGGAAUAGGUUUUAUUAUAUGUGACGCAUGGCAAUAGGUUUAAUCAUACGUGACGGCAUGGGAAUAGGUUUUAUUAUACGUGACGGCAUGGCAAUAGGUUUAAUCAUACGUGACGGCAUGGGAAUAGGUUUUAUUAUACGUGACAGCAUGGGAAUAGGUUUAAUCAUACGUGACGGCAUGGGAAUAGGUUUGAUUAUACGUGACGGCAUGGGAAUAGGUUUUAUCAUAGGUGACGGCAUGGGAAUAGGUUUUAUCAUAGGUGACGGCAUGGGAAUAGGUUUUAUCAUAGGUGACGGCAUGGGAAUAGGUUUUAUCAUACGUGACGGCAUGGGAAUAGGUUUUAUCAUACGUGACGGCAAGGGAAUAGGUUUUAUCAUACGUGACGGCAUGGGAAUAGGUUUUAUCAUACAUGACGGCAUGGGAAUAGGUUUUAUCAUACGUGACGGCAUGGGAAUAGGUUUUAUCAUACGUGACGGCAAGGGAAUAGGUUUUAUCAUAUGUGUUGUCAAGUGAAUAGGUUUUAUCAUACGUGACGGCAAGGGAAUAGGUUUUAUCAUACGUGACGGCAUGGGAAUAGUUUUUAUCAUACAUGACGGCAUGGGAAUAGGUUUUAUCAUACGUGACGGCAUGGGAAUAGGUUUUAUCAUACGUGACGGCAAGGGAAUAGGUUUUAUCAUACGUGACGGCAUGGGAAUAGGUUUUAUCAUACUUGACGGCAUGGGAAUAGGUUUUAUCAUAUGUGACGCAUGGGAAUAGGUUUUAUUAUACGUGACGCAUGGGAAUAGGUUUUAUCAUAUGUGACGCAUGGGAAUAGGUUUUAUUAUACGUGACGGCAAGGGAAUAGGUUUUAUCAUAUGUGACGCAUGGGAAUAGGUUUUAUUAUACGUGACGCAUGGGAAUAGGUUUUAUCAUAUGUGACGCAUGGGAAUAGGUUUUAUUAUACGUGACGCAUGGGAAUAGGUUUUAUCAUAUGUGACGCAUGGGAAUAGGUUUUAUCAGACGUGACGGCAAGGGAUUAGGUUUUAUUAUACAUGACGGCAUGGGAAUAGGUUUUGUCAUAGGUGACGACAUGGAAUAGGGUUUAUUAUACUUGACGGCAUGGAAUAGGUUUAAUCAUACGUGACGGCAUGGGAAUAGGUUUUGUCAUAUGUGACACAUGGGAAUAGGUUUUAUCAUAGGUGACGGCAUGGGAAUAGGUUUUAUCAUACGUGACGGCAUGGGAAUAGGUUUUAUCAUACGUGACGGCAUGGGAAUAGGUUUUGUCAUACGUGACGGCAAGGGAAUAGGUUUUAUCAUACGUGACGGCAAGGGAAUAGGUUUUAUCAUACGUGACGGCAUGGGAAUAGGUUUUAUCAUACGUGACGGCAUGGGAAUAGGUUUUGUCAUACGUGACGGCAAGGGAAUAGGUUUUAUCAUACGUGACGGCAUGGGAAUAGGUUUUAUCAUACGUGACGGCAUGGGAAUAGGUUUUGUCAUAGGUGACGACAUGGAAUAGGGUUUAUUAUACUUGACGGCAUGGAAUAGGUUUAAUCAUACGUGACGGCAUGGGAAUAGGUUUUAUCAUACGUGACGGCAAGGGAAUAGGUUUUAUCAUACGUGACGGCAUGGGAAUAUUUUUUGUCAUACGUGACGGCAAGGGAAUAGGUUUUGUCAUACGUGACGGCAAGGGAAUAGGUUUUGUCAUACGUGACGGCAUGGGAAUAGGUUUUAUCAUACGUGACAGCAUGGGAAUAGGUUUUGUCAUACGUGGUGGCUGUUUUUGGUGCCCGGAUAAAUAAUUUUAAAAUGAUCCCUGUUAACAUCUAAAAAAUAAUCUUAAUCCGAAUGUUCACUGUCUGUCUGAUAUGCUGAAAAGAAAUAUGUACAAUAUAUAAUCCUAACACAUUUCCAUUUAUUUGGAACAAUUAUAGAAUCUCAUCUCAUAGAUUAAGUGACUAAAACUGUCUUUGUCUGGGGAUGUCUGUGUCUGGGACUGUCUGUGUCUAUGAAUGUGUCUGGGACUGUCUGUUAAAACUGUGUCUGUGACUGUUAAAGACUGUGUCUGUGGCUGUCUGUGUUUAAGACUGUGACUGACUGUGUUUAAGACUGUGACUGACUGCGUCUGUGACUGUUUCUAUGACUGUGUCUGGGACUGUCUGUAUGACUGUUUCUGUGACUAUCUGUGUCUAUGUAGACAAUUAAAUUAUUACCUGUAUAGAUUUUGUCUCAAACUGACAUCUAAAUCUUUUCCUGUAAAGAAUUGGCUUCACUGAAUGAAAUCUUUGUCUGUGUUCCUGCAGCUGGUAGUCUUCAUUGUGUACGUGUUUGUCUUCCUGCAGCUGGUAGUCUUCAUUGUGUACGUGUUUGUCUGUCUUCCUGCAGCUGGUAGUCUUCAUUGUGUACGUGUUUGUCUUCCUACAGCUGGUAGUCUUCAUUGCGUACGUGUUUGUCUGUCUACCUGCAGCUGGUGGUCUUCAUUGUGUACAUGUUUGUCUGUCUUCCUGCAGCUGGUAGUGUUCAUUGUGUACAUGUUUGUCUGUCUUCCUGCAGCUGGUAGUCUUCAUUGUGUACGUGUUUGACCUCCGUGACAAAGGAACGGAAACAACUUCAACUAGUGGCGUGGCCAUGUACAGCCCCCUUGUGUACAAAGCUACCCGACGUUAUGAAGCUUGGAGGUUCUUGACCUAUAUGUUGAUGCACCAAGGGUAAGAUGGAGCUUUUUAAUAGUGAUAGGAUUAAGACAUGACCAAUGUAGUUGAUUAAGACAUGACCAAUGCAGUUGAUUAAGACAUGACCAAUGCAGUUGAUUAAGACAUGACCAAUGCAGUUGAUUAAGACAUGACCAAUGCAGUUGAUUAAGACAUGACCAAUGCAGUUGAUUAAGACAUGACCAAUGCAGUUGAUUAAGACAUGACCAAUGCAGUUGAUUAAGACAUGACCAAUGCAGUUGAUUAAGACAUGCAUAAACAAAUUUCAGAUGUAGUUGAACCAAAAUGCACCACAAUCAGUAUAUUGAAUAAAGAGAUAUGAUGUUGAGUACUUGUAAAAACAUUUCAUCAGUUCUCUUUAGACCUUGGCUGUGAGGACAGCAUCUUUAAUUUUCGCGUAUGAUUGUUCUGUAAGGUAUAGUCUUGCAAUUGUUUCAUUUCUUUUGCCAACUUUCAAUUUUUUAUCAUCUGGCUUUAUUAGCUUUAGUAAAAUCCUUUUAUCAGUUUCAUUUCAAGUUUAGUAAAUAGUUUACAAAUGUUCAUAUAGUUAAUCUUGUAAAAAAAUGUUCAUAUAUUUUAUGUUGUGAAGAAAUGUUCAUUGAUUUAUCUUGUGAACAAAUGUUCAUGUAGUUUAUUUUGUGUUCUUGUGAACAAAUGCUCAUGUAGUUUAUUUUGUGUUCUUGUGAACAAAUGUUCAUACAGUUUAUCUUGUGAAAAAAUGUUCAUAUAGUUUAUCUUGUGAACAAAUGGUCAUAUAGUUUAUCUUGUGAACAAAAGUUCAUUAGUUUAUCUUGUGAACAAAUUUUCAUUAGUUUAUCUUUUGAACAAAUGUCCAUUAAUUUUUCUUGUGUACAAAAGUUCAUUAGUUUAUCUUGUGAACAUUUUUCAUUUGUUUAUCUUGUGAACAAAUGUCCAUUUGUUUAUCUUGUGAACAAAUGUUCAUUAGUUUAUCUUGUGAACAAAUGUUCAUUAGUUUAUCUUGUGAACAAAUGUUCAUGUAGUUUAUCUUGUGAACAAAUGUUCAUGCAGUUUAUCUUGUGAACAGAUGUUCAUUAGUUUAUCUUGUGAACAGAUGUUCAUUAGUUUAUCUUGUGAACAGAUGUUCAUUAGUUUAUCUUGUGAACAGAUGUUUAUUAGUUUAUCUUGUGAACAGAUGUUCAUUAGUUUAUCUUGUGAACAAAUGUUCAUUAGUUUAUCUUGUGAACAGAUGUUCAUUAGUUUAUCUUGUGAACAAAUGUUUAUAAUUUUAUUUAGUGUUCUUGUUGGUCAUGUUUAACAAUCACCCUCACUCCCCCGGUCACACAGAAUUUACAUGUUAAACAGUUUUAAUAAAAGUACAAAAGUACACAUGACAAUUUGAUUAGUUAGAUCAAAUCUGGAUUUUCCUAGACCCAACAUCAAUCAAGCUUCUUUUUUUACCAUUGUCUCAAAAUCUAUUCAUUGUAUUUUGUCACCUUGUCAAUGUUAUUAUUAAUUUCAUUUUUACAUUAGGGGUAAAAGUAAUUUGGAAGUUAGUUCAAAAUAAAAUUUUAAAAGUGCAAGUACAGCUCUAUACUUUAUAUAAAACUAUAGAAAAAUGUUUACUUUGGGAUACAGUGAAAUUCUUCUUUUGUAUUUUGUUGUCUAUUUCUAUUUUGUACAGGUAUUUACACAUUAUUUCUAAUCUUGGUUUCCAAAUUGUGUUUGGUACACCAUUAGAAGUAGUCCACAAGUGGUGGAGAGUUGGACUUGUGUACCUGUUGGGAGUUAUUGCAGGUAAGUGUACACAAAUGAUUGUAUGGUGCUAUUGCUGGUAAGUGUAUACAAAUGAUUGUAUGGUGCUAUUGCAGGUAUGUGUACACAAAUGAUUGUAUGGUGCUAUUGCAGGUAUGUGUACACAAAUGAUUGUAUGGUGCUAUUGCAGUUAUGUGUACACAAAUGAUUGUAUGGUGCUAUUGCAUGUUUCUUUAUACACAUGAUAAUUGUCUGGAUCUCUGUCGCAUAUAUGUGUACACACACAAUAAUUGUCUGGGUCUCUGUCGCAUAUAUGUGUACACACACAAUAAUUGUCUGGGUCUCUGUUGCAUAUAUGUGUACACACACAAUAAUUGUCUGGGUCUCUCUUGCAUAUAUGUGUACACACACAAUAAUUGUCUGGGUCUCUGUCGCAUAUAUGUGUACACACACAAUAAUUGUCUGGGUCUCUGUUGCAUAUAUGUGUACACACCACAAUAAUUGUCUGGGUCUCUCUUGCAUAUAUGUGUACACACACAAUAAUUGUCUGGGUCUCUGUCGCAUAUAUGUGUACACACACAAUAAUUGUCUGGGUCUCUGUUGCAUAUAUGUGUACACACUCAAUAAUUGUCUGGGUCUCUCUUGCAUAUAUGUGUACACACACAAUAAUUGUCUGGGUCUCUGUCGCAUAUAUGUGUACACACACAAUAAUUGUCUGGGUCUCUGUUGCAUAUAUGUGUACACACACAAUAAUUGUCUGGGUCUCUCUUGCAUAUAUGUGUACACACACAAUAAUUGUCUGGGUCUCUGUUGCAUAUGUGUACACACACGAUAAUUGUCUGGGUCUCUGUUGCAUAUAUGUGUACACACACGAUAAUUGUCUGGGUCUCUGUUGCAUAUAUGUGUACACAUAAUUGUAUGGGGGUAUGGCAUAUUUGUGUGCACAACUGAUAAUUGCAUAGUGUAUGGCAUAAUAUGUGUACAUGUCAUAAAGGAUAAAUGUAUGGGGCUAUUGCAGAUAUGUGAUUAAAAUCAAAACUUUAAAAUUUAUUUCAUGUGUGAAUACAAAUAAUAAUCCUAGUACCUAGGCAGCUUUGUGGCAAUUUAAUUUUUAAUGUCUUCUCCAAGAUGUUGAGCUCACUCAAAUGUUUUCUUCCAUGUUGAGCUCACUCUAAUGUUUUCUUCCAUGUUGAGCUCACUCUAAUGUUUUCUUUUAUGUUGAGCUCAAACUAAUGUUUUCUUCCACUUUGAGCUCACUCUAAUGGUGUGAUUCUUAACCUUUUUGGAGCUACCGAACCCCACCAGUUUCAUAUGCGCAUUCACCGACCCCUUCUUAAUAGAAAAAAUAAAAUAUGAUUUUUUUUUUCUGAUUUUUUUUUGGACCUCCACCGAACCCUUGAGACUGACUCACCGAACCCCUUGGGUUUGAUCGAACCCAGGUUAACAACCACUGAUCUAAUGUUUUCAUCCAUGUUGAGCUCACUCUAAUUUUUUUCUUUUAUGUUGAGCUCACUCUAAUGUUUUUAUCAAGUAUCUAAUAUGUGUUGUAAUUGAAUGUUGCACUUGGCUGAAAAUGCUCACCCCCCCCCCCCCCCCCCCCCUUUUCGUAGGCCACUGGCUCAUUCUUGGUUUCCCCCAUGUUACAGGCUGUGUGAUUCACUACAGUUGUCACCAUGCUAAGGUGGUCUGGCUCACUAUUGUUUGCCUUAAUGUUGCAGGUGGUCUGGCUCACUAUUAUUUGCCUUAAUGUUGCAGGUGGUCUGGCUCACUAUUAUUUGCCUCAUUGUUGCAGGUGGUCUGGCUCACUAUUAUUUGGCUUAAUGUUGCAGGUGGUCUGGCUCACUAUUAUUUGCCUCAUUGUUGCAGGUGGUCUGGCUCACUAUUAUUUGCCUCAUUGUUGCAGGUGGUCUGGCUCACUAUUAUUUGGCUUAAUGUUGCAGGUGGUCUGGCUAACUAUUAUUUGCCUCAUUGUUGCAGGUGGUUUGGCUCACUAUUAUUUGCCUUAAUGUUGCAGGUGGUUUGACUCACUAUUAUUUGCCUUAAUGUUGCAGGUUGUUUGACUCACUAUUAUUUGCCUUAAUGUUGCAGGUGGUUUGACUCACUAUUAUUUGCCUUAAUGUUGCAGGUGGUUUGGCUCACUCCAUCACUGAUCAUUCUGUGGGUUUAGUUGGUGCAAGUGGCGGGGUUUAUGCUUUGCUUGGGGCUCAUGUGGCAGCUAUUGUUAUAGUAAGUAAAAUGAUGGUCCAUUUUGUGGUUGAUACUCAUGUGGCAGCUAUUGUUAUAAUAAGUAAAACGAUGGUCCAUUUUGUGGUUAAGGCUCAUGUGGCAGCAAUUUGAUAAUAAGUAAAACUGUGGUCCAUUAUGUGGUUGAGGCUCAUGUGGCAGCUAUAGGCAUGGCUUGUUAGUAUGACAGAUUACAAGUGAAAAAAAUAAAUUUUAUUAAAAGAUCUUUCCUCGACAAUUUGGGGCAAAUUUCACAAAUUCUAGCUUAUUUUUUUUAUAAAAAAUUAAAUAAUUAAAUAUUGCUUGUAGCAAAGUUGGGAUGAAGACUCGAUGAGAUUGGGAUAUUGAAAUCAUUCGUGUGCAUUCUUGAUCAGACGUUGUAAGUAAAGUAGUAUGCAAAUCACCAGAAUUGCAAUAGCAUCAAACGGACUUAAAUUAUAGAGAACUUUUUUUUUUUAAAGGGUUUUAUGUUCCAUAUUUCCCAUCUAUAAUGUCUCUUGUCAUGUGGAUAGAAAGAAAAGUAGCUGUCAAGUUUCCAUCACUCUUGGUAUCCAAAACUCCCGGUGUUAGGGUUAGGGUUCUAUUCAAGGAAUCACACCGCUUAUUACAAAUAUGCUUUGUUAUAAUAAGAAAUAAAUGAAGGGACUGCUUUCAAGCUAUGUAAAUGAAUGAAAUAGUGAAAUGAGGUAUGUGGAAACUUGAAAUAAGGUAACAGGACAAAAAACAAGGACGUUUCGGCAUAAAGCCUUCCUCAGCCAACAAUAGAAAUGAAAAUAUAACAAAGAAAAGAACACAGUAGACAACUCAUAUAUAUUUUCAUUUCUAUUGUUGGCUGAGGAAGGCUUUAUGCCGAAACGUCCUUGUUUUUUGUCCUGUUACCUUAUUUCAAGUUUCCACAUACCUCAUUUCACUAUUUCAUUCAUUUGUUAUAAUCAUCAGAUUGUGGCCCCUGAUUUAAAGGUCUUUUUAAUUUUUUAGAAUUGGAAAGAGAUGAACUACAAAUGUAUGGACCCUGCAGAGUUGGAAGACAACGUCUGCUGUGGUAUAAGCCGUAUUCUACUUAGUGCUCCAGUCAGAUUGGCAAUCAUUCUACUAUUAGGUGAGUGGACAAUAUUGCUGUGGUUUUGGUUGUAUGCUACCAUGCUAUUCCGUGCUGUAGCAUUCAGCUGUGGUUAUGGUUGUAUGCUACCAUGCUAUUCCGUGCUGUAGCAUUCAGCUGUGGUUAUGGUUGUAUGCUACCAUGCUAUUCCGUGCUGUAGCAUUCAGCUGUGGUUAUGGUUGUAUGCUACCAUGCUAUUCCGUGCUGUAGCAUUCAGCUGUGGUUAUGGUUGUAUGCUACCAUGCUAUUCCGUGCUGUAGCAUUCAGCUGUGGUUAUGGUUGUAUGCUACCAUGCUAUUCCGUGCUGUAGCAUUCAGCUGUGGUUAUGGUUGUAUGCUACCAUGCUAUUCCGUGCUGUAGCAUUCAGCUGUGGUUAUGGUUGUAUGCUACCAUGCUAUUCCGUGCUGUAGCAUUCAGCUGUGGUUAUGGUUGUAUGCUACCAUGCUAUUCCGUGCUGUAGCAUUCAGCUGUGGUUAUGGUUGUAUGCUACCAUGCUAUUCCGUGCUGUAGCAUUCAGCUGUGGUUAUGGUUGUAUGCUACCAUGCUAUUCCGUGCUGUAGCAUUCAGCUGUGGUUAUGGUUGUAUGCUACCAUGCUAUUCCGUGCUGUAGCAUUCAGCUGUGGUUAUGGUUGUAUGCUACCAUGCUAUUCCGUGCUGUAGCAUUCAGCUGUGGUUAUGGUUGUAUGCUACCAUGCUAUUCCGUGCUGUAGCAUUCAGCUGUGGUUAUGGUUGUAUGCUACCAUGCUAUUCCGUGCUGUAGCAUUCAGCUGUGGUUAUGGUUGUAUGCUACCAUGCUAUUCCGUGCUGUAGCAUUCAGCUGUGGUUAUGGUUGUAUGCUACCAUGCUAUUCCGUGCUGUAGCAUUCAGCUGUGGUUAUGGUUGUAUGCUACCAUGCUAUUCCGUGCUGUAGCAUUCAGCUGUGGUUAUGGUUGUAUGCUACCAUGCUAUUCCGUGCUGUAGCAUUCAGCUGUGGUUAUGGUUGUAUGCUACCAUGCUAUUCCGUGCUGUAGCAUUCAGCUGUGGUUAUGGUUGUAUGCUACCAUGCUAUUCCGUGCUGUAGCAUUCAGCUGUGGUUAUGGUUGUAUGCUACCAUGCUAUUCCGUGCUGUAGCAUUCAGCUGUGAUUAUGGUUGUAUGCUACCAUGCUAUUCCAUGCUGUAGCAUUCAGCUGUGGUUAUGGUUGUAUGCUACCAUGCUAUUCAGAGCUGUAGCAUUCAGCUGUGGUUAUGGUUGUAUGCUACCAUGCUAUUCCGUGCUGUAGCAUUCAGCUGUUGUUAUGGUUGUAUGCUACCAUGCUAUUCAGAGCUGUAGCAUUCAGCUGUGAUUAUGGUUGUAUGCUACCAUGCUAUUCCAUGCUGUAGCAUUCAGCUGUUGUUAUGGUUGUAUGCUAUCAUGCUAUUCAGAGCUGUAGCAUUCAGCUGUGGUUAUGGUUGUAUGCUACCAUGCUAUUUAGUGCUCUAACAUACAUCUACUGACUUCUCUUAAAGGCAGCCACUGAUGACUGUCUCACAUGCACAUAUUGAGCGACAUGAAAUGAUUAUGUUACCAGCAUGGAAAGAUUACAGUGUGCUAUCACUAGGCUACACAGCUGCAUCUAGCGAGCUAUGUCAUAUCAUUAGUUCACUGAAAGAUUACAGUGUGCUAUCACUAGCCUACACAGCUGCAUCUAGUGAGCUAUGUCAUAUCAUUAGUUCACUGAAAGAUUACAGUGUGCUAUCACUAGCCUACAUAGCUGCAUCUAGUGAGCUAUGCCAUAUCAUUAGUUCACUGAAAGAUAACAGUGUGCUAUCACUAGCCUACACAGCUGCAUCUAGCGAGUUAUGUCAUAUCAUUAGUUCACUGAAAGAUUACAGUGUGCUAUCACUAGCCUACACAGCUGCAUCUAGCGAGCUAUGUCAUAUCAUUAGUUCACUGAAAGAUUACAGUGUGCUAUCACUAGCCUACACAGCUGCAUCUAGUGAGCUAUGUCAUAUCAUUAGUUCACUGAAAGAUUACAGUGUGCUAUCACUAGCCUACACAGCUGCAUCUAUCGAGCUAUGUCAUAUCAUUAGUUAACUGAAAGAUUUCAGUGUGCUAUCACUAGCCUACACAGCUGCAUCUAGCGAGCUAUGUCAUAUCAUUAGUUCACUGAAACUCCAUAGUUGAGUCAUUAGAUCAUUUGCUCCCAACGAUAACCCACAUAAUAAAUGAAAGCUUGUCUUCUGGCACUGUUUCCCCUCUUUGUAAAUCAGCUGUCAUCAAACCAUUGCUUAAGAAGUCUGGUCUGGAUGAAAAUAAUAAAAACAAUUAUAGACCUGUAUCUAACUUAUCAUUUUUAUCUAAAGUUAUUGAAAAACUAGUUCUACAACAACUUGUUGCUUAUUUAAUUGACCACUCUCUUCUCAGUUCUAAUCAGUCGGCCUAUAGACAUUUCCACAGCACAGAGACAGCUCUCUUGAGAGUGACCAAUGACCUCUUGCUCGCAUUGGACAGUGGUGAUAUCUCCAUCCUGAUCCUCUUAGACCUCAGUGCGGCCUUUGACACUGUUGACCAUGUAAUCCUUUUCAAAACCCUUGAAAAUUACGUUGGAAUUUCUGGCUCAGUUUUGGCUUGAUUUAGGUCCUACCUCUCUGAUAGAACGCAGGCGGUCACUGUCGAUGGCUGUCUCUCAGGCAGUGCUGAUUUGGUGUACGGAGUACCACAGGGAUCCGUUUUAGGCCCGAUUCUAUUCACAUUGUAUACCAGACCACUGCUCCUCUUGCUUGGGAGGCAUGCUGUUGAGAGCCAGUCAUUUGCAGAUGACAUGCAGCUAUACAAGCAUACCCACCCUUCUCUUGUUGAAUCCGCUGUCCUGACUUUGCGGGGAUGCAUUGAUGAUGUCAAGUCAUGGAUGACACUCAGCAAGUUGAAGCUUAAUGAUGACAAAACGGAAGCACUCCUCAUCCACAAUCACACAUCAUCCUCUACCUCAACUCUUCCUACCUCAUUUCAAGUAGGUAACUCUGACAUACGGUUUACACCCUCUGCUAGGAAUCUUGGUUAUAUUCUUUCUAACAACAUGUCUCUCGAUAAACACAUAUCUCACAUUUGUCGUUCAGCAUACACCACUAUCCGUCAGAUCAGCUCCAUACGCCACUACCUCACAGUUAGCGCUACAAAACUCUAGUCUGUGCUCUUGUUCUCUCUCGUCUUGACUAUUGCAACUCUCCUCUGUCAGGUUCACCGAAACACUGCAUAGAAAAACUGCAGAAAGUUCAAAACUCAGCUGCUAGGCUAGUUUUAAAGGCACAAAAAAAAACGUGAUCACUUCACUCCACUACUCCAUUCCCUUCAUUGGCUACCUAUACAGGAACGCAUUGACUACAAGUUGUCUGUUCUCUGUCACAACUUUUUCUUGGAUUCCUGCCCUUCCUCUCUAACCGAACUUCUUUCUGUCUAUUCACCCCUUCAACAGCUUCGCUCCUUUGCAGACACGCGUAUUCUGUCCGUUCCCAAGACACACACUAAAACAUAUGGUGAAUGAUCUUUCUCUUUCUGCGCCCCCAAACAAUGGAAUUCUUUGCCACUACAAAUACGCAAUAUACCAACCACCCAGGCCUUCAAAACUGCACUCAAAACAUAUCUUUUUAAAUUAUACUACCCUGACUGAUUCCCCUCCUCUGACCGCUAAAUGAUCUUGCUGGCUGCUGUCCAUGGUUUGCCUUGUAAAAGUUAUGUGGUGGGGUGGGUCAAUAUACAUUGCUGUUCUUUAUUUCAUAAAUGUAUUUUAUUUUAAUGUCAUGAUUAUGUCUCUUUUGAUAAAAUUGUUAUGCACAGCGCGGUGAGCCCAGCCCCUAGGCUGGGGUACCGCGCUAUAUAAGACGUCUUAUUAUUAUUAUUAUAGACUGUCAUCCUUGUGUCAGUCAAAGAAUUAUAUCCUAAAAUUUCCAAAGAUCGUGGGCCAAGGGCAAUUCUUCUACUCUUUGAUAUAGUUCUCAUAAUAAAUGAUAGGCAGUCAAAUAUUCAACCAAAUACACAACUUAUUGUGUUUUUAAUUGUGCUGUGACACUGAUUUCUGUGAAAUGCCUAGGUGUGCUGUGACACUGAGAUCUGUGAAAAGCCUAGGUGUGCUGUGACACUGAGAUCUGUGAAAAGCCUAGGUGUUCUGUGACAAUGAGAUCUGUGAAAAGCCUAGGUGUGCUGUGACACUGAGAUCUGUGAAAAGCGUAGGUGUGCUGUGACACUGAGAUCUGUGAAAUGCCUGGGUGUGUCACUGAGAUCUGUGAAAAGCAUAGGUGUGCUGUGACACUGAGAUCUGUGAAAUGCCUAGGUGUGCUGUGACACUGAGAUCUGUGACAUGCCUGGGUGUGCCACUGAGAUCUGUGAAAAGCGUUGGUGUGCUGUGACACUGAGAUCUGUGAAAUGCCUAGGUAUGCUGUGACACUGAGAUCUGUGAAAUGCCUAGGUGUGCUGUGACACUGAGUUCUGUGAAAAGCCUAGGUGUGCCACUGAGAUCUGUGAAAAGCCUAGGUGUGCCAUUGAGAUCUGUGAAAAGCCUAGAUGUGCCACUGAGGUCUGUGAAAAGCCUAGGUGUGCUGUUCGACUGAGUUCUGAGAAAUGCCUAGGUGUGCUGUACAUACAUUACAAGUGUAUUUCUCAUUGUUUUGUUUCAGUUGUGCCGGAUACAGGUGUUGCAAUUUAUCGUCGCAUUUCAGAGCCAGAAGCAAACAAGAUAGGUGUAACAGCUCAUAUUGGUGGCUUUCUGGCAGGUAAGUCAUAUAGUUUAUAUUGGUGGCUUUCUGGUAGGUGAGUCAUCUAGUUUAUAUUGGUGGCUUUCUGGUAGGUGAUUCAUCUAGUUCACAUUGGUGUCUUUCUGGCAGGUGAGUCAUCUAGUUUAUAUUGAUGUCUCUCUGGCAGGUGAGUCAUCUAGUUUAUAUUGGUGGCUUUCUGGCAGGUGAGUCAUCUAGUUUAUAUUGAUGUCUCUCUGGCAGGUGAGUCAUCUAGUUUACAUUGGUGUCUUUCUGGCAGGUGAGUCAUCUAGUUUAUAUUGGUGGUUUUCUGGCAGGUGAGUCAUCUAGUUUAUAUUGGUGGCUUUCUGGCAGGCGAGUCAUCUAGUUUAUAUUGGUGGCUUUCUGGCAGGCGAGUCAUCUAGUUUAUAUUGGUGGUUUUCUUGCAGGUGAGUCAUCUAGUUUAUAUUGGUGGUUUUCUGGCAGGUGAGUCAUCUAGUUUAUAUUGGUGGUUUUCUGGCAGGUGAGUCAUCUAGUUUAUAUUGGUGGUUUUCUGGCAGGUGAGUCAUCUAGUUUAUAUUGGUGGUUUUCUGGCAGGUGAGUCAUCUAGUUUAUAUUGGUGGUUUUCUGGCAGGUGAGUCAUCUAGUUUAUAUUGGUGGUUUUCUGGCAGGUGAGUCAUCUAGUUUAUAUUGGUGGUUUUCUGGCAGGUGAGUCAUCUAGUUUAUAUUGGUGGUUUUCUGGCAGGCCUGUCAUCUAGUUUAUAUUGGUGGUUUUCUGGCAGGUGAGUCAUCUAGUUUAUAUUGGUGGUUUUCUGGCAGGCCUGUCAUCUAGUUUCACAUUUUAAAAAAAAAUCUGAAUGUUCAGAAAGGUGUUUAUUCAUAUCUUUUUCUUAACAUGUUGAUUGGACAGGUCCUGGCGUAUAGCAACAAUUCAUGAUUACCUGUUCCUUCUAAAGUUGUGUCUUCAGGAUGGGAACAUUUCCCAAGAAAGCCUUUGUUAACUAAAAAUCAUGCAGGAUCUUUGGGGAGAAAUCUUAUUCCCAACAGCUAUGGAGACUUUGUAGUCAUGAAACGACUUUGGAAAUGUUGGCUUUGUCUCUUUGGAAAUGUUGGCUUUGUUUCUUUGGAAAUGUUGGCUUUGUCUCUUUGGAAAUGUUGGCUUUGUCUCUUUGGAAAUGUUGGCUUUGUCUCUUUGGAAAUGUUGGCUUUGUCUCUUUGGAAAUGUUGGCUUUGUCUGAUGUAAAAUCUGUCCUGUAAUUAUUUCACAAGCGGAUGUUGCUCAAGUUAAAGGCAUGACCAUAUAGGAUUAGUGGAAACAAAGUCCUUAUGACAUGAUUGAUAGGUCACAGUCCUUAUGACAUGAUUGAUAGGUCACAGUCCUUAUGACAUGAUUGAUAGGUCACAGUCCUUAUGACAUGAUUGAUAGGUCACAGUCCUUAUGACAUGAUUUAUAGGUCACAGUCCUUAUGACAUGAUUGAUAGGUCACAGUCCUUAUGACAGGAUUGAUAGGUCACAGUCGUUAUGACAGGAUUGAUAGGUCACAGUUCUUAUGACAGGAUUGAAAGGUCACAGUCCUUAUGACAUGAUUGAAAGGUCACAGUCCUUAUGACAUGAUUGAUAGGUCACAGUCCUUAUGACAUGAUUGAAGGGUCAAAACAAAGUCCUUAAGACAUGAUUGAAAGGUUACAGUCCUUAUGACCUGAUUGAAAGGUCACAAUCCUUAUGAUUGAAAGGUCACAGUCCUUAUGACAGGAUUGAAAGGUCACAGUCCUUAUGACAUGAUUGACAGGACAAAAUUGACCAUUACAUGUCCUACCCACCACCCUCUGGCAGACAUGUUACCAACAAGAUGGUUCUAUUAAAAAAAAAACUUUUUGGAUGUAUAGGACGUCCUUUUGGAUGUAUAGGAGGACGUCCUUUUGGAUGUAUAGGACAUCCUUUUGGAUGUAUAGGACGUCCUUUUGGAUGUAUAGGAGGACGUCCUUUUGGAUGUAUAGGACAUCCUUUUGGAUGUAUAGGACGUCCUUUUGGAUGUAUAGGACGUCCUUUUGGGUGUAUAGGAUGUCCUUUUGGAUGUAUAGGACGUCCUUUUGGAUGUAAAGGACGUCCUUUUGGAUGUAUAGGACAUCCUUUUGGAUGUAUAGGACAUCCUUUUGGAUGUAUAGGACGUCCUUUUGGAUGUAUAGGACGUCCUUUUGGAUGUAAAGGACGUCCUUUUGGAUGUAUAGGACGUCCUUUUUAGGAAACACCUCCCUACUAUUAAAGUACACAUUGUAUUUGAACCCUCUGUAACCGAUGCCUCUGUAACAAAAGCCUCUGGAACCCAAGCCUCUGUAGCCGAAGCCUCUGUAACCGAAGCCUCUGUAAGAUGAUAAUGUGCCCUUUAGGAUUGAAGUAAAACAUAUCACUCCUCUGGGUGUGUUCAGCAAAGGUUGGAUUGACUUGAACUAGUCAAACAGUCAAUGACAUCAUGCUUUGUACAAAGUGCUCUGUGGAAGACAGGCUGUCACCCGGAUGACUGAUUGAGAGAACACCUGUACUAUGUGGAAGACAGGCUGUGACCCGGAUGACUGAUUGAGAGAACACCUGUACUAUGUGGAAGACAGCCUGUCACGCGGAUGACUGAUUGAGAGAAGACCUGUACUUUGGGGGAGACAGGCUGUCACCCGGAUGACUGAUUGAGAGAACACCUGUACUAUGGGGGAGACAGGCUGUCACCCAGAUGACUGAUUGAGAGAACACCUGUACUAUGUGGAAGGCAGGCUGUGACCCGGAUGACUGAUUGAGAGAACACUUGCACUAUGUUGAAGACAGGCUGUGACCCGGAUGACUGAUUGAGAGAACACCUGUACUGUGUGAAAGACAGGCUGUGACCUGGAUGACUGAUUAAGAGAACACCUGUACUAAGGGGGAGACAGGCUGUGACCCGGAUGACUGAUUGAUAGAACACCUAUACUAUGUGGAAGACAGGCUGUCACCCGGAUGACUGAUUGAGAGAACACCUGUUCUAAGGGGGAGACAGGCUGUCACUCAGAUGACUGAUUGAGAGAACACCUGUACUAUGGGAGAGACAGACUGUCACCCUUAUGACUGAUUAAGAGAAAACCUGUACUUUGGUGGAGACAGACUGUCACCUUGAAGACUGAUUGAGAGAACACCUGUACUAUGGGGGAGACAGACUGUAACCUUGAUGACUGAUUGAGAGAACACCUGUACUAUGGGGGAGACAGACUGUAACCUUGAUGACUGAUUGAGAGAACACCUGUACUAUGAGGGAGACAGACUGUCACCUUGAUGACUGAUUGAGAGAACACCUGUCCUAUCCGGGAGACAGGCUAUUGAGGUGUUAACAAACUUUGUCUGACUUCAGGCUGAUAUGAUGUAGUUAAGGUGUUAACAAACUUUGUCUGACUUCAGGCUGAUAUGAUGUUGUUAAGGUGUUAACAAACUUUGUCUGACUUCAGGCUGAUGUGAUGUAGUUAAGUUGUUAACAAACUUUGUCCGACUUCAGGCUGAUAUGACGUUGUUAAGGAUUUUAACCCCCUAUUUAAAAAAAAUUCAAUGAGUAUAGGCACAGGUACACAUAGGUACAGGUACACAUAGGCACAGGUACACAUAGGCACAGGUACGCAUAGGCACAGGUAUGCAUAGGCACAGGUACACAUAGGCACAGGUAUGCAUAGGCACAGGUACACAUGGCACAGGCACACAUAGGCACAGGUACACAUAGGCACAGGUACGCAUAGACACAGGUACACAUGGGUAUGCAUAGGCUAUAAAUUUUAUUUUGACCAAUAUUGAUAUGAAUUUAAGAGGUCAUCAAAUUUGACGAAACGCGAAAACUUUUUGAAUAUGUGAAUUUUUUUAUAUUAAUUGAGAAAACUGUGAACAAAAUCUUGGAACUUUGUUGUAUCUCUUGUUGUAUCUCUUGUUGUAUCUCUUGUUGUAUCUCUUGUUGUAUCUCUUGUUGUAUCUAUUGUUGUAUCUAUUGUUGUAUCUCUUGUUGUAUCUCGUGUUAUAUCUCUUGUUGUAUCUCUUGUUGUGUCUCUUAAUGUAUCUCUUAAUGUAUCUCUUGUUGUAUCUCUUGUUGUAUCUCUUGUUGUAUCUCUUGUUGUAUCUCUUGUUGUAUCUCUUGCUGUAUCUCUUAAUGUAUCUCUUGUUGUAUCUCUUGUUGUAUCUCUUGCUGUAUCUCUUGCUGUAUCUCUUGCUGUAUCUCUUGUUGUAUCUCUUGCUGUAUCUCUUGCUGUAUCUCUUGUUGUAUGCAGAAAUAAAUGUAUUUUUUCUUGAUUUUCAAAACGUUUGAAAAUGUAAAAUGUCUUUGCAGGUUUGAUGCUUGGCAUCGUCAUCCUCAAGAACGUGAACACACUGACAUGGGAGAAGAACUUGGGUUGGGUGACCUUGGCCGUGUACCUGGCCUUUGUUGCCUUCUGCUGUCUGUUCAAUGCUUUCUAUGAUGGCUAUCCUGAAACAGACUGGAAACCUUUGUAAACAAGGACUUGUGGACUAAGUCCAUCGGACCAUGCAAAUGUCCACCAGCUCUUUUUUAUUUGGGAAAACAUUUCUUUACUUUAUUGAUAGAUUCCUGUGUAUGAUGGCUCUGAUGGAAUAAUCAUUCAACAUCUCAUUCAUUAUAAUCCACUAACAAAUUGUUUAUUUUGGCAAUAUUUUUGAAGCUAUUUAAAUGUUUCUUUUACUUCCAAAUUUUUAAAUUUUACAAAAUAAAGUGGAAUGGGUUUGUAUGUAUAUAUAUAUGCCUAGGAGUAAAGACAAACAUAUCCAAUGGGUUUGUGUGUAUACUCUUAGAAGUAAAGACAAACAUAUCCAAUGGGUUUGUGUGUAUACUCCUAGGAGUAAAGACAAACAUAUCCAAUGGGUUUGUGUGUAUACUCCUAGGAGUAAAGACAA